AUGGUGAAAAAUAAUGUACUUAAUAGAAUUUGCAAAUAUGAAAAUGACUAUGAUGUAAUGUAUAGAUAUAGAAAUUCAAAUUAUUACUAUAAUGAAAUGAUAAAUAAAAUGAUAGAUAAAAUGAUAAAUAAAAUGAUUUUGAAACAUAAUAAUAAUAAUGUGAAAGAGACAAAAAAGGAAAUGAAUAGCAUUUUUGAUGAUAUUAAAAAAUAUAUAUUAUUUAAUUUAAGUUCUAGAACAAAUAAAAAUAAUUAUAGUAACAAUAUUUCCAUGAAAAAAAAAAAAUUUAAACAAAUUUGGUAUACAUAUUCAAAAAUAAAUCCAAAUGUAGAAAAGGAAAAAAUAAAAGAAAAAGCAAUAUCAUUCAAUGAUGGAAAAAAACAUAGAAACAUUUUUUGCUCAAAUAAUAUAAAUUAUUUGAAUUCAAAUUGUGUGGAAAAAAUUCAAAUUCGAAGAUUUACACACACAACUAAUAUAUCACUAAAAAAUGAAAAUUUUGUGAAUAUUUCCAAAUUAAGUUUUAUUGAAUUGUUAGAUUAUUUAAAUAAAAAUUUGGAGAAAAAUAAUGAUACAAAAAUAUGGGAUAAUAUAUUUAUUCAAAUUGAUAAAUUAAUUUCAAAAAAAAAUAAAAAUGAAUAUAAAGAAGAAAUAAAUUUAUUUUUUCAAAAAUUAAAUAAUUUUGAUUAUUAUACUAUUUUAAAUAAUCUUAAAGAUGUGGAUGAAAAUAUAAAAAAUGAAAUUAUAAAGGGAUCAUUUUUUGAAUCUUUUGUUUUAAAUUUGUGGAAAAGAGAUAUAACAUAUUACUAUGGAAGUGGCAAAGUGGUAUCUGACUAUAGUUUGGAAAAUGUUCAAAAUGAUGAAAAAAAUGAUGAAAAAAAUGAUGAUAAUAAUGAUGAUAAUAAUGAUGAUAAUAAUGGUGAUAAUAGCAACAUACUGAAUAUCAAAUUUGGUAAAAAUAAUGAAGUUAGUAAAGAGAACAUGGAAAAACAAACAGGGGAGAGGAAAAUGAAUGAAGAAAAUGAAGACCAAAAAGGUGUAGAAAAUUGUAAAAAUGAAAAAAAUGUUAAAAUAAUAAAAAAAUGGCUAAUUUUGUCAGCCUCAUUUUCAAGUAGCUGCGAAAAUAUGGUAAUGUUAAAAAAUUAUUUAAAUAAAAUAUUUAGACAAAAUAUUGACAAAUUAAUUGAAAUAGAUUAUUUUGCAAAAACAACAAAAUAUUUAGAAAAUCAAAUAAAUAGCAAAACUAUACAUUCAAUUAUAUUUACAUAUGAAAAUAAACUUGAAUUAUUGAAGCCUUGUGAUUUAAGUUUUAGUUUAUUUAUUUUACAGAAAUUUUUAAUAUCAAAUAAUAAUAUAUUUAAUAAGAUUAUUGAUUAUAUAAUUUAUAAUCCUUUAAAUAAAUUUCAAAUACAUAAAAAAUUUAUUAAUUUUAUCAAAUGUGUUGAAUCUUUUAUUAUAGGAAAACCUCAAACUAUAGGGAAAUCGAUUCAAGAGAACAUGAAUUUGUAUCAUAUAUCUAAUCGAAAUAAAGAUGAAAAUAAUAUUGUCUGUUCAGAAAAAUUUCCAAAUAAUAUGAACAGUAUGAAUAAUUUUUAUAGUACAAGUUUUUUAAUUUUUAUAAAAAAAAUGAAUUUAAUUAUGGAUAAUUAUAGUUUAGAAAAUCUUUUGUUUUUAUCUGAAUGUAUGCAAAAUAUAAUUUUUAUGGCUAGUACACAAAAUCAAAUUAUGAAUAUGUUUAUAAAUAAGUUGAGAUAUAAUAUUAAUAAAUGUAUAAAUUGGAAUGUUGUUGAUAAUUAUACAUUAAUGCGUAUUUACAAAAUAUAUUCUGUAUUUUCUUUUGUUCCCGAAAUUGAAUUUUCUUCUCACACUCCAUUUAAAUAUUAUAAAAUAAAUCAAAAAAAUUGUGAUCUAAAUAUUGAGGACAAUAAUUAUGUUAAUAAUAAUGAAGGCGAAAAAAUAAAUAGUGAAAUAAAAAAUAUAUCAAAAGAUAGAGAAAAUAUGUUAUUAAAUGAAAAAGAUGAUAUAAAUUAUUUAAAUACAUUUAUACGUGAUUUUGAUUUGAUUCAAAUAUAUGAUAACACGAUUAGUAUAAAUAAAGAUCUAUUGAAUUAUAAUAAAAAUUAUAAAAUAAAUCGAAAAAAUAGUUUGUUAAAAAAUGUGGUAGCAAUUCUUUCUUCAAGAAUGGAUAAAAAUUUAGAUGAAAUAAAAAUAGAAUUAAAUAAAAUAAAGAUAAGUGAUUCUAAUCAAAUAGAUAUGUUAUUUCCAGACAAAAAAAAUACAGAAUUUUCUUUUGCAAAAUCGGAUAUCAAUUUGGACAUUUUAAUAAAUGAAAUAAAAAAAAUUAAUGAUAAUAAUAAUAAUAAUAAUAAUAGUAAUAAUAAUAAUGCAGAUAAGGAUAUAUAUAGAGAAAAUUCCAAAAACUAUUUACAAAAUGAAUAUUUAUUUUUUUAUAAUAUAAAAAUAUUAAGUGAUCUAUUUAGGUUUUCUCAAUUUUCUGCAAAUACAAAUAUUCAUACACAUGAUAUAAUAAAAUGUAUAAAAAAAAAGUUAGAAGAAAUAGCAAUUUUGUAUUCUAUUAAUAAAAGUGAAAUAAUAGAAAAGGAAAAAAAUGAAUGGCAUGAAAAUAAAAAAUCAAAAAGCUUAGGAGAAAUUUAUAAAAUUGAUAAAGAUAAAAUAUGUAACGAAAUAAAAAAUAUUUCGUUGUUUCAUUUAUAUAAUUUUUAUUGUUGUUGUAAAAAUUAUAGUCCUACUUUUAUUUUCAAAUUUGUAAAUUCAUUAUUAAAAAUAACACCGAAAAUUAAUAUUGUAAAUUUAGAUAAUAAUAAUGUUAUAUCAUUUAAUGAACACAAUGUAUCCAAAAUAGAGUAUGCACAUUUUUAUGACAAAACAAUAAAUGACACAAUUAUGCCGUUUAUUGUUCCUCUAUUACAAACUAUUAAAAUAAUUAUAUCCUCAAAUUUAUUUCUUAAAAAUAGUGAGUUAAAUGAAUAUAUUAAUAUAAUGGCGCAGUACUCUUAUUUUGUAUUAUUUUAUUAUUAUUAUAAUAGUAAUAAAUAUGAGGAAAAAAUAAAAAAUUUAGGUGUACAUAUUGGAAAUAAUGUACAUGAAGAAAAACAUAUAAUUAACAAUUUAAAGACAGAUAAAUUAAAUAAGAAAUACACUGAAAUAGGUGAUUAUAAUAAUGAUAAACAUGAUAGAAUAAAUGAUAAAGAGAUUGACAUUUUUAAAAAUAGAGAAAAUAUUAUAGAUAGUCAUAAAAAUUAUACAAAAAAAAUAUGCAUUUUUGAAAACCUAUAUUUAGAAGACAUGUGGAAUAUAUAUAUUUGUUUAUCUAGUUGUUUACAUUUUUUAAAUAAAACAGAAGAAAAAAUAAAUGGAAUACAUCAUUUAGCACAUUUAGAAAAUAAUUUUUUAGAAAUAAUUUCCAAAAAAAAGUAUAUGAAAUAUUUAUCAGAUAAUUUUAUUUUUUAUUUAUUUAAAACACCUUCUACAAAUAAAUUAGAAGAAACUUUUGAUAAUGCAAUAUCAUCACUAAAAAUUAAUAAUUUAAAAAAAAAUAUAAAUAAAAAUGAUGAUAAUAUUUCUUCACAAUAUUAUUCACAAAAUGAAAAGGUUUUAAGUUUACCUGCUUUCACAGCUUUUUUUUUAUGCAAAAUAAAAUUAGCUAUGCAAUGUAAUAAUAUGGAUAACCUCGAAAAUGUUGAAAGAAUUGAAAAUUGUAAAAAAAUAUUUGAAAUGUUAAUUAAUGAUUACAAAAUGUUGGAAAAUUGUAUUGAACAUAUAUUUACUUCCCAUAAUAAUCUGGAUAAAAAUGUGAACACUUAUAAUGAUAGUGGGCAAAUAUUUAGCAGAACCAAAGGGGAAAAUAAAAGAAAUGAAAAAGAAAAUAUAUUUAAUAAUUUUUCCAACAAAUCAAAAUAUUAUUAUUUGCCAUAUCUUGUGUCUAAUAAAGUUUGUGUAAAUAAAAAUAUUUAUUUUAGAACAUUAAUAAGUGAUAUGUUUUUUGGUGCCCAUAAAAUUAAAACAUUGUAUAAUCUUCAAAAUACUUUAUUAAAAACAGUGAAAUAUAUAGAAACAACACAAAUUAACAUAAAUAUAAAUUAUAAAUUAAAAAAAAUGCAACCAUUUCAUAAUAAUAUUUUAUCGUAUUUACUUGAACUUUCAAAUAUAGUAAAAAACUGCUUAUAUUCAACAUUUUUGUCACAACCAUAUAUUCAUAAAUCACCAAAAAAAUAUGUUACAAAGGGAUUAGUUAAUUAUUUUAUUAAUAAUUGUAGACUUUUGAAUGAUGGUAAUAUAUAUGAAAAAAAUAAUCCAAAGUUAUUUAAUGGGGUAAGAAAUUAUAAAUAUAUGGUUAACAAAUUGGAGAACUAG